AUGUUACGGCGGGUGUACAAUGCACUGCGUAAUGUGGAUGAACCAUCACGUUACAUGGAGUUCAACAUCCUGAUGGUGCGGUUCAUGGGCGUGCUGGUGAACCGUGGCAUGCCUGGAGCGCUGUUGACAUGGUCGCUGCUCGCGCUGCUUCUCAGCCAGGGGCUGGCCGGUGUGCUCGACCUGUACGAAAACCAUAGUGACAUCGCUGAUAUCACUGCUAACCUGCCUGUCACCACCAUUGUCUUCAGCUCUGCCUACCGCCUCUUCUUCUUCACCCUACACCAUGAUCGCUACCAGGCGAUCGUAGACACCGUUGGGGAUCGUUUUGUCGCCUCUUCCAGCAGCAUCAACAUGGCUCCCUGGCUACGACGCUCCAGAAUAAUUUCCAUACUAUACUUCACAUAUGGUUCGUUUGUGGCUUCAACUUGGCAGCUGCACCCACUAAUUUCAGCACAAUUGACAUCAGCUGAAAUGAGAAAGGAAAGUAAUGGAACUUUUGAAGGCUUACCUAGAGAGCUGUGGGAGUUUCCUUUCAGAGCACAAUACCCAUUUGAUGCAAGGCAGCCAUAUGUCUACACUGUUGUUUUUCUAUUACAAGGAGCUUGUAUAUUUGUUUCUGGAUGCAUGAUAGUUGUACUAGAUAUGAUGUUUAUUACACUAACGUUACUCAUAUGUGGACAACUUGAAAUACUCAAAGAUAAACUUCGAAAUAUGAGAAACAUAGCAACUGACCAAAGGCAAAAUGAAGAUAUUGGUUUAGUGGGAAAAGCUCUGGAAAAACAAGCUCUGGAGAGACGUAAAAUGAUCCUGAACUCGAGUACUGACAUAACUAAACAGGAUGAAAAUUUUAAUGAAGAUCUUGUAACUAAAAAGAUAAAUCUAUUACUUGGUGAAUGUGUAGAGCACCACAAUAUGCUACUGUCCUGA